AUGGAGACUGGACAUUCUGAGAAGGAUAAAGAAAAGGAAAGUGGCGACGUUUCUUACGGUGAAAUGGCUGAGAGUGCUUCUAUUGAUGAGCGUACUCUCUUCGAGCGGAAGGCUGCUCUGAUCAACGCCGAAAUUGAUAAAUUUGGCUUUGGAAAGUAUCAAUGGUGCAUUUGGGUGCUGUGUGGGAUGGGCUAUUUCGUCGACCUGGCCUGGGCACAGGGCGUUGGUUUGAUGGCCACUGCUGUAUUCCAAGAGAUGGGGGUACCGCCUGAUAAGCAAGGCCUAAUUUUCACUUGCUCUAAUGCAGGCCUCGCCAUUGGCGCUUUCGGUUUCGGCAUCCUCACUGAUAUCAUUGGACGCAAAUGGGCCUUCCAAAUUACCUGUCUGAUAACAUCAGUCUUUGGUAUGCUCCUGGCCGCGUGCAAGUACAACUACGGCGCUGUUUGCGGAAUCUACUUCCUAUCGUGUAUUGGUCUCGGUGGGAAUGUCCCCAUUGACGCUACAAUUGCGCUCGAAUCCUUACCUCAAAACCGUCGCUAUCUCGUCUCCCUACUAGGAAUGUGGCAGCCAAUUGGUGUUACCGUGGCAUCUGCUAUCGCAUAUGGCACUGCAGCCAGGUACCGUUGCGAUGUGAAACUGCCCGCUUGUACCAAUGUGAAGACAAGCGAGGCAUGCUGCUCCGUUUCGAGCAACAUGGGUUGGAGGUAUAUGGUAGUCAUUAUCGGUGCCAUGACACUCACAAUCUUCUUCGCUCGUUUUUUCAUCUUCAGAUUCCACGAGUCGCCCAAGUUCCUCGUUAGCAAGGGCCGUGAGCAAGAUGCCAUUGAUGUUCUUCACAAAAUUGCCAGGUUUAACGGUGCCGAGGUGCCUACGUUGACUCUGGAAGACUUCCGUGAGAUUGACCGUGCUGCAGGUGUUGGUUCCAGACAGGAUACCACCCCUGAGAACGCUAAGGGAGUCUUCAAGGACGCAAUGAAAAGCCUUGGCUUCCUUCGCGGUCUUUUUCUCAGCAAGCUUCAGGCCUUCACUUUCUGUCUACUUGCCGUUGCAUAUAUGGGUAACUACUGGUCGUUCAAUCUGGCCGGGUACUUCCUUCCCAUCGUUCUCCUCAACAACAAUGUGGACAGUGGCACCGACAACGUCAGCGACACAUACCGCGAGUACGUGUAUAUCUAUCUACCCGGUAUCAUCGGUGCCAUCGUCGCUCUUAUUUCCAUUCAGAUGCCUUUGUUGGGCAGAAAGUGGUCACUGGUCAUUUCCGCCGCCUUGCAAGGUCUUUCCAUGGCCAUGUAUACCCAAGUGAAGGACACUGCCGGCUAUGUUGGUCUUAAUGCUUUGGAAUAUAUAAUGCAAAGUUACUUUAAUGCGGUGCUGUAUUCGGCUUCGCCUGAGAUGUUUGACACGACAUACCGUGCCAGUGCAAGUGGUAUGCUCUCCUCACUGGGUCGGGUCGCUGGUAUUGUUGCCCCAUUUGCGGGUCAGAAGUACAUUGCCCAAGGUAGGUCUGGUGUGCUUUGGCUUGGUGCCGGUGGAAUUUGGGUUGCAUCUCUUGUCAUGUGCUUCCUUCCUAUUGAGAUGAGGAACAAGCAAAUGUACUAG